UAUUCGAUUAUUCAACUUAACCAAAGAAAAAUCAAGCUGAUUCCAGACCCACUAUGGAUCAAAAAAGUCAUAGAGUCAAGAUUCCUUGCAAUCAUCCGUUAAGAGUCGUAGAAUUGAAGUAUGCCAAAGAGUUUCAAAUUCGGUCAUUGGCAAAUCGAUCACACGAAUGCGAUGGAUGCGGUAAAGUAUCUGGCUUUGGCUAUUACUGUUCAAGCUGCGAGUUUGGGGCACAUGAAGAAUGCAUCGACUUCCCAGACAUCGUCAACUUCAUCUGCCACUCUAGACAUCCUCUCGAGAAAGUCUUGGCCGAGACAGUUGACUAUAACGUUGACGUAUGUAAUUUUUGUGAUGAGGAACUUGGUGAUCAGAUAUAUCAUUGUUUCUUAUGUAACUUUAGUAUAGAUUUGUACUGUUCGAUAGUUCAGCCACCGCGUACUAUAUAUCAACCGAAGAGCCACCACCAUGAAUUCACCCUUCUAGCGAGAAAGGUCUCAUUCACUUGUAAUGCAUGUGGGAUGAUUGGUGACCGUAAUCCUUACAUUUGUAUUGAAUGUGAUUUCAUGCUGCACAGAGAUUGUGUCGAUCUGCCCCGAGUCAUGAACAUCAAUCGUCACGAAUGCCGCAUCAGUCGCUCGUAUCGUCUUAGUCCCGGGGAUUGGGAAUGUGGAGUUUGUCGCAAAAGGGUAGAUUGGACAUUUGGAGCUUUCUCUUGCUUGUAUUGUAGGAAAUAUGUUGUACAUUCAAAGUGUGCGACAAGAGAAGAUGUGUGGGAUGGAGAGGAACUUGAAGAUAAGCCGAAAGAUAAAGAAAUUGAACGUUCUUACAAAUACAUCAAUAGCAACCACGAAAUCAUUCAUUUCAGUCAUGAACAUAAUCUCUUCGAUAAUGCUGGUUUUGAUGCGGCUGAUUUUGAAAAGGUGUGCGACGCUUGCGUCAUUCCCAUCAAUUCUGAUCCAUUCUUCAAAUGCGUGCAAUGUGAGUUCUCCAUUCAUCAAAUAUGUUCUAGACUUCCUCGUAUGAAACGAAAUAUCUUUCACAGCCACAAGCUUAGUCUACUGGUUGAUGAUAAGGCGGAUAAGCCUUUCAAAUGUACGUAUUGUCUUCAACAUUUUGAUGGCUUCAGGUACUAUUGUCAGUCUCACUAUUGUAAAAAGAGUGGGUUUCUAUUAGAUUUGAGGUGCAGUACCAUUUGCGAGCCUUUUCAUCAUGAAUUGCAUCCCCAUCCCUUGUACCGCACGUCGAGAGAGCAUAAGAUGUGUGGAGCAUGUGGUGAAGAGUCAAAGUAUGUCUUGAGCUGUACUGUUUGCGAGUUUGCUCUAGGCAUGGAGUGUGCCACGUUACCAAGAAAAGUGAAACAUAGAUGCGACGAUCAUUCUUUAUCUUUGAAUCAUGGCGCUGGAAACUCGAGCGGUCAGUUGUGGUGUGAUAUUUGUGAGGGAAAGACAGAUCCAAAUGUAUGGUUUUAUGGUUGUGAUGAUUGUGGGGUCACACUCCAUAUCAAGUGUGUACUUGGAGACAUGUAUCACUUCAAGCCAGGGAAAGAGUACUUGGGAGGUGAACUUGUUCCAAAUACUGGUAUGCUUAGACCUUUAUGCAUAGUUUGCCAAAACCGAUGCAUGUUCCCUCAGUUUCUUAAGGCUACUUCCGAGUCAGAUUCAACUAUUGUAUACGCUUGUUCGAUGGAAUGUGCAGACAGCUACAAGUGGCGUUUAGAAGUUAGGUUAGGCAACGUGCCUACGUACAGAAAAGGGCCAAGCCGUGAAACGCACACAAAACUCCUAUUUUCAGAAAUGAUAAGCUAUAUGAGAUCGACGUAUCAACGUUAUGGAUCUAACUCCCUCAAACAUCUCAUGCUUAUAUCUGUAUUGCAAUAG